AAAUUUAAUUCAACGUGUACAACUCGACACUAAUUUCACGGGUACACUCGUAGGAUGCGCCGAAGUUCGAAAGCACCCACACAAAGGCCACAGCAGGGAAUACAGCAAAAGAUUGAGGACGCCAAUUGCUGCGGCUUUUAUCCGCCCGCACCAGCGGCUGCUGCUUCGAAGCAUUGGCAGAAGACACAGAGGAACUCUUGCUGCAAAUGGCGUCUGCCGUUGUGACGCUGUGCUCCGGUUUGAGCUUUUCUCAAUCUUCGUCGCUUUCGUCUUCCGUUAGAGCCUCUCAUAGGGUUGCUCAGCUCAAACCCUUUUGCAAGAUGAACUCGCUGAAGCUGAGUUCGUCUCAUAACAUUUCUGGCCCCUGCUCUGUCCUUACCCAAAGGCUUUGUACGAUUUCUCCUCCACGUGAACGCCCUCCAUCUCCCACAGUCUUCGCUACAAAAGGCUACAAAAUGAAAACCCAUAAGGCUUCCGCUAAGAGGUUCAGGGUAACGGGUAAUGGGAAGAUCGUGCGUAGAGGUGCUGGAAAGCAGCAUUUACUUUAUAAGAAGAGCAAGAGAAGGAAGUUACGACUCUCUAAAAUGCACCCAGUUAGCCGGAGGGAUUAUGGCAAUGUCACUGGUGCCAUGCCGUAUUUAAAGGUAAAUAGGCAGGCUAAGUAGAGGUAAUAGAGAAGAUGGAGAAAUGCCAUUUUGAUUAUUCAUCAGUGAUUUCUUCAUUUCAUGUAAAGACAAGGGGUGUCAACUGUUUCAUUCGCUCUGUCAAGUCGAGGGUUAUCUCCUGUCUUGUAUUAUCCUUCUGCUUCUCCCUUUUAAUGGUGAAUUCCCCUUCUCUCUGCAUGAUAGACAUCAUGUUGGAGCUUGGGGUCGUCGUCUUUUAAA